AUGGAAUUGGAAAAUUUUGGUUCAAUGGAGAAUGAUUUGUAUCCUAAAGCAUCGCUCGAAGAAGCGUUUCCCGGAUCUUUAAUGGCUAGUUACUACGGAACAAACGUAGUAUUUUCCAACGGAGAUGUUUGGAAGCGUCAUCGGUUUAUUACAAAUCCUGCGUUUAAAAGUAUGCCCAUGCAAUUAUUUGAUGAAAUUACUGUGAAAUUGCUGAAGGUCGUCGAAAAAGUUGAUAAUGAACCCACCCAUAGAGCACGUAAAAAAGCCGCAAAUAUGAAUAAUUUAUUUAACGGUCUUAUUGAAAAGAAACGUAAAUCAAUGGAAACGGAUGAAUUGAACGAAGAAAUGCGACAUAAUCUUGCAAUAUUUAUGUUAGCUGGACAUGAGACUACUGCAACUGUUUUGACAACCGUAUUAUAUGUCUUAGCAACCCACAAGGAUAUUCAAAGCAAAGUUCGUGAGGAAUUAUUAUGCGUUCUUGGAGAUAAUUUAAUCCCGACCACCGAACAACAAAGAGAAUUAAAAUAUAUGAACAUGGUUUUACACGAAAACUUAAGAUUGUAUCCUCCGGUUCAUCAAUUACCACGAAGAGAAAAUUCAGAGAUUAUUAAUUUUCGAAAUCAUACAUUUUUGUCAAAAAUAUCCAUAAUAGUUAAUAUUUAUGGAAUUCAUCAUUCACCAAAAUAUUGGAAGAAUCCUGAAGAAUUUAUUCCUGAAAGAUUUGAGAAUGAACAUGAUGAAAAAUGA